AGAGAGGUGGCCGUGCAUUUUGAUGGCUUUACAACUACAACGAUUUCUUAGUCGUUCUUGUAUCGGUGACGGUUCCCCAUUGUUUGAAACGCUGUCAGAAAAGUUCAUAACUGGAUCAUAUACGUGAUUCAUGACAGAAACGAGAAAAUCGGUGGGAAAACAGAUGUUGUGGUAGUUGUUGACAUUCUUGUGGAGUUGAAAAAACUAUUCCAUGUAAUGCUGAAAAAUCAAUAAAUUGUUGAACUUGCGAAGUACCUGAGACUCUAAUGUACAUGCUGAAAUUGGAAAAUCUUGAGUGAACAUCCUGUUUUGACUUAUAGGUAGAAUGGAAAUUGGAGCAUUUCUGCUGGUAGUGUCAUCCACUUUAUUGUCUCAAAUUGAUGGACAUGGAAGACUAAUAGAACCUCCUAGUCGAUCCUCUGCAUGGAGAUAUGGUUUCAAUACUCCCCAUAACUACAAUGACCACGAACUGUUUUGUGGUGGAUUUACUAGACAGUGGGUGAAAAAUGAGGGUAAAUGCGGAGUUUGUGGAGACCCUUGGGAUUCUAAGAUCCCAAGAGCUAAUGAAUAUGGUGGAACCUAUGGAAAAGGCAUUAUAGUCAGGAAAUAUCCAACUGGAAAUGCCAUCACCAUACGUGUAGAACUAACAGCCUUCCACUAUGGAUAUUUCGAAUUCUCUAUAUGCCCGAACUAUCAAAACACCACGCAGGAGUGUUUAGAUCAAAAUAUCCUCCAAUUGGCGAAACCGCAGGAUAAUGUAGAACAUAAAGGGGUGAGGUAUUUCCCCAAGGACGGGAAUAAAGUCUACGAAAUGAAGUACAGAUUACCAAAGAAAAGCUGUGAACAUUGUGUUAUGCAGUGGAGGUAUGUUGCGGGUAAUAACUGGGGUAAUUGUCCAAACGGAACAGGAGCCGUAGGUUGUGGGCCCCAAGAGGAAUUCAGAGCUUGUGCUGAUAUCACUAUAGCUGGAAAGUCCGAUCAACCUUUGGUACCCGAACUGGAAGAACCAUCCACCGCAUCACCAACGGUAACAAGUACCACAGUACUGCCAACCGUUCCAAUACCAGAAGAAAGCUACAGCCCUAUUUCUACAUUGUUCAUCUCGAUCGUUUCUUUUUUAGUGGUAUUUUCGAUUUUCUUCCUUCUCUAUUUUCAUUUCUACCAAAUUGGUAACCAAGUUAAGAACUGGAUUAAAGGACCUAAAUCGAAAGCAACUCCAAGCACACCUGCUCCUCAACCCCCACCAAGGGCCAGGAGGACUAGAAGUCCUACAGGACUGGGAAGAGAUGGAAUGCAAGAGAUUGAUCUGCGAAGAGAAAGUCUGGCUUGAGGAGGAAAGUUCUCAAGCUGAAUGUUUUUGAUGGAUUCACUGUAUCAUUAAAGAAUUACUAGGUAUUUUUGAGAUAUGUGAAAUGUUGUCAACACGAAUGAGAUGCCAAACAAACAUUUCUCAUCAUAAAAAUGGAAUUAGUUGAUAUUUGUCAAUUUUUCUGAACAGUGAUUCGGUCUGAUUCAAAAAAUGUGUGUGUGUAAUUGAAACGAAAUCUACUAAAAAAUAUUUGAACAUGUACUGAUUUUUUCCAGUGACUUAGUUACGUUUGAUUAUUCUAGUUGAACAAUUAAUGAAUAAUAUUUAUUCCACAUUAAAUAUAUUAGUGCAAUAUAU